ACUUGUUUCCUAUAAAUCUCAAAACAGGGGUAUUUUUGUCAUUUUACUCAUUCAAGAGAUGUGUACGGUGUACUUGUUGCCUAUAUACAGGUUAGAGUCAGUUUGCCUGCUCUGUCUUUUCAUUGAAGAAGUUUGCAAUUUUAUCUCUCGCUAAUUACAAUUCAUACAUCUUGUGUUUGUAGAAGAAGAAUACUCUAACUUAUCUUCUUUGUGUAGAAGGCUGUUUUGUGUGGUGUUGUUGUACAGUGUGCAGAUGAUUUAGGUGGACUAAAUAUGGGAACUGUCAACUUCCUCUGGAAUUUAACUAAGAAUUAUAUCACCUUUGGGCUAAUAGGCCUUACUGUGUCUGAUCGGUAUGCUAGUAUUGUUCCUGUUGGUGGCAUUUCAAUGUCGCCUACAUUUAAUCCACAUGAUGACAGUUCCAAGAGAUCCUUGACGCGUGACUUUGUUGUAGUGGAGAAGCUUUGCCUAGAAAAAUACAAGUUCUCCCUCGGCGAUGUGGUUGUCUUCAGCUCUCCGACUAAUCAUAAAGAGAAAAAUAUAAAGAGAAUAACAGCCUUACCAGGUGACUUGGUCAGUACCCCUCAUUAUGAUGCGGUAGUGAUCCCUGAAGGACAUUGUUGGGUUGAAGGCGACAAUCAGGCUUGGAGCUUGGACUCAAGAUCCUUUGGCCCUAUCCCUCUUGGUUUGGUUCGUGGACGGGUUACCCAUAUUGUGUGGCCUCCUCACAGAGUUGGUAAAGUUGAAAGAAUGACACCGAAGAGCCUAACACAUUUCUAAUUGUAUUUUGAAUUUAUCCUGAAUUUCAACUUGAUUGAUUUUCUGCUUCUGUGCUGUACUAUGUGUUUGUGUGAUAUCUCGUGACUUGAGCCGGGGGUCUUUCGGAAACAGCCUUUCUACUUCAUUAGAGGUAGAGGUAUGGACUGCGUACAUCUUACCCCCCCAGACCCCACUAAGUGGGAAUACACUGGGUUUGUUGUUGUUGUUGUUGUUGUUGUUGUUGUUGUGUUCAACUUGAUUGAUUUCUUAGGCAGUUGCCUCGUAUAGGAAGACAUCAACAUUCUAGCAAAUGCCUUAUGUCUGUUUUACAAGUGAUCUUCAUUUUUCUACUAUAUAUAUAUAGGAGUGAGUUACGAACAACCAAAGGCAAAAUAGUAAUUUCAAUUGCUAUUCUUUCAC